AUGGAGAAGAUGCUGGUGGGCUGCUUUCUGCUGGUCCUCGGACAGAUCCUCCUUCUCCUCCCUGUCGAGGCCAGGGAGCGGCCUCCCUCGAGGUCCGUGUCCAGAGGGAGACACACUCGGACUCACCCCCAAACGGCCCUCCUGGAGAGCUCCUGUGAGAAUAAGCGGGCAGACCUGGUCUUCAUCAUCGACAGCUCCCGCAGCGUCAACACCCACGACUAUGCAAAAGUCAAGGAGUUCAUCGUGGACAUCUUGCAAUUCUUGGACAUUGGCCCUGACGUCACCCGAGUGGGCUUGCUGCAGUAUGGCAGCACCGUCAAGAACGAGUUCUCCCUCAAGACCUUCAAGAGGAAGUCUGAAGUGGAGCGUGCGGUCAAGAGGAUGAGGCACCUGUCCACGGGCACCAUGACGGGGCUGGCCAUCCAGUAUGCCCUGAAUAUCGCAUUCUCAGAAGCAGAGGGGGCCCGGCCUCUGAGGGAGAAUGUGCUGCGGGUCAUAAUGAUCGUGACCGACGGGAGGCCACAGGACUCCGUGGCCGAGGUGGCUGCAAAGGCACGGGACACGGGCAUCCUGAUCUUUGCCAUUGGUGUGGGCCAGGUGGACCUCAACACACUGAAGGCCAUCGGGAGCGAGCCCCAUGAGGACCACGUCUUCCUGGUGGCCAACUUCAGCCAGAUGGAGUCGCUGACCUCGGUGUUCCAGAACAAGUUGUGCAUGGUCCACAUGUGCAGCAUCCUGGAGCAUAACUGUGCCCACUUCUGCAUCAAUACCCCGGGCUCAUACGUCUGCAGAUGCAGACAAGGAUACAUCCUCAACUCGGACCAGACUACUUGCAGAAUCCAGGAUCUCUGUGCGGCAGAGGACCACGGCUGUGAGCAGCUCUGCGUGAAUGUGCUGGGCUCCUUUGUCUGCCAGUGUUACAGCGGCUUCAUGCUGGCCGAGGACGGGAAGAGAUGUGUUGCCGUGGACUACUGUGCCUCGGAAAACCACGGAUGCGAACACGAGUGUGUGAAUGCUGACGGCUCCUACUUUUGCCGGUGCCCUAAAGGAUUUGCUCUUAACCCAGAUAAAAAAACAUGUGCAAAGAUAGACUACUGUGCCUCACCUAAUCAUGGAUGCCAGCACGAGUGUGUUAACACAGAUCACUCCUAUUCCUGCCGCUGCCUAAAAGGUUUUAUCCUGAAUCCAGAUAAGAAAACCUGCAGAAGAAUCAACUAUUGUGCACUGAACAAACCGGGCUGUGAGCAUGAAUGCAUCAACACGGAGGAAGGCUACUCCUGCCGCUGCCGUCGGGGCUACAGCCUGGACCCCAACGGCAAGACUUGCAGCCGAGUGGAUCACUGCGCGGAGCAGGACCAUGGCUGUGAGCAGCUGUGUCUAAACACCGAGGAGUCCUUCGUGUGCCAGUGCUCAGAAGGCUUCCUCAUCAACGAGGACCUCAAGACCUGUUCCAGGGUGGAUUACUGCUUGCUGAGCAACCAUGGCUGCGAAUACUCCUGCGUCAACACGGACACAUCCUUUGCCUGUCAGUGUCCCGAGGGACACGUGCUCCGCAGUGACGGGAAGACCUGUGCCAAAUUGGACCCCUGUGCUCUGGGCGACCAUGGUUGUGAACAUUCGUGUGUGAGCAGGGGAGACUCUUUUGUGUGCCAGUGCUUUGAAGGCUAUAUACUCCGGGAAGAUGGGAAAACCUGCAAAAGGAAAGAUGUCUGCCAAGCCGUAGACCAUGGCUGCGAGCACAUUUGCGUGAACAGUGAUGAGUCGUACAUCUGCAAGUGCCGGGAGGGGUUCCGGCUUGCCGAGGACGGGAAACGCUGCAGAAGGAAGGAUAUCUGCAAAUCGACCUACCACGGCUGUGAACACAUUUGUGUUAAUCGUGGCAACUCCUACAUCUGCAAAUGCUCAGAGGGAUUUGUUCUAGCUGAGGAUGGAAGACGGUGCAAGAGAUGCACUGAAGGCCCAGUUGACCUGGUCUUCGUGAUCGAUGGAUCCAAGAGCCUCGGAGAAGAGAAUUUUGAGAUUGUGAAGCAGUUUGUCACUGGCAUUAUAGAUUCCUUGGCGAUUUCCCCCAAAGCUGCUCGCGUGGGACUGCUCCAGUAUUCCACGCAGGUCCGCACAGAGUUUACCCUGAGAAACUUCAGCUCAGCCAAAGACAUGAAGAAAGCGGUGGCCCACAUAAAAUACAUGGGCAAGGGCUCUAUGACCGGGCUGGCCCUGAAACACAUGUUUGAGAGAAGUUUUACCCAAGUAGAAGGGGCCAGACCUCUCUCCGCACGGGUGCCCAGAGUGGCCAUCGUGUUCACAGAUGGACGGGCUCAGGAUGACGUCUCGGAAUGGGCCAGUAAAGCCCAGGCCAACGGUAUAACUAUGUAUGCUGUCGGGGUAGGAAAAGCUAUUGAGGAAGAACUACAAGAGAUUGCCUCUGAGCCCACGGACAAGCAUCUCUUCUAUGCCGAAGACUUCAGUACGAUGGGAGAGAUAAGUGAAAAACUAAAGAAAGGCAUAUGUGAAGCUCUGGAAGACUCCGACGGAAGUCAGGACUCCCCAGCAGGGGAACUGCCAAAGAAGGCCCACCAGCCAACAGAAUCUGAGCCAGUCACCAUAAAUAUCCGAGACCUACUUUCCUGUUCUAAUUUUGCAGUGCAACACCGAUAUCUGUUUGAAGAAGACAGUGUUUCACGGUCCACACAAAAGCUUUUCCAUUCAACAAAAUCUUCAGGAAGUCCUUUGGAAGAAAAACACGAUCAGUGCAAAUGUGAAAACCUAAUAAUGUUCCAGAACCUUGCAAAUGAAGAAGUGAGAAAGUUAACACAACGCUUAGAAGAAAUGACACAGAGGAUGGAAGCCCUGGAAAAUCGCCUGAGAUACAGAUGA